AAAAAAGAGAGAGAGAGAGAGAGAAAGAGAGUACUGUGAGAGAGAGAAUGUGAUUAAAAAAAAAUAGAGGGUAUUCUGUGGCUUUGGAUUCUUCUAGCAAAUCGUGCCUGCCAGCUUCUGUUGGACUGGGGGUGUGGGGGUAUGGCUAAAUAAGUAUAGAAUGAAAAAAUCUUUUUACUAAAAAAUUGAAAGAAAAAAAAAAUAUAAACAAGGGAUAGCUGCAAGCCAUCAAGCCAAGGCCUUUGUCUAGUUGUCUUGGUUUGUCGGUGAGGCUUGACAGGGAGAGUUUUAGGAGCUGGUGAUGGAGAUUUGGAGGAGGGGACACCUUUUUGUGACGGUGAUAUUCUGCAUUCUGAGAUGCAUCAAUGGUGAGACAGAUCCAAAUGAUGCUUCUGCUUUAAGAGUCAUGUAUAGCAGUUUAGGUUCACCAGGACAACUAAGUCAAUGGAACUCAAAUGGUGGUGAUCCAUGCGUAGAGUCCUGGAAAGGCAUUACUUGCUCAGGCUCACGAGUAACAGUAAUUAAAUUAUCUGGCCUUCAACUUUCUGGAUCAAUGGGUUACCUGCUCUCAAGUUUGACAGCAUUAACUAACCUAGACUUGAGUAAUAAUAAUCUUGCAGGUGAUAUACCUUAUGGACUUCCUCCAAACCUGACACAAUUAAAUCUUGCGAAUAAUCAGUUUACUGGAGACCUCCCUUAUUCCAUCUCUAUGCUGACUAAGCUUACAUAUUUGAACGUUGCUCACAAUCAGCUUCAGAAUCAAUUGAAUGACAUGUUUGGAAAGCUCUCUUCCCUUUCCACACUGGAUCUCUCCUACAACCAACUGACAGGUAACCUACCUGAGAGUUUCGCCAACCUUUCAAGCAUGACCUCAAUGUAUUUGCAAAACAACCAGUUCACAGGCACUAUUGAUGCGCUUGCUGAUCUUCCUCUCAAAACUCUGAAUGUUGCAAAUAAUCAUUUUACUGGCUGGAUUCCUGAACAGUUGAAGGACAUUAAUUUACAGAUGGAAGGUAACAAUUGGAACUCAGGGCCUGCACCCCCACCUCCGCCAGGUACACCUCCCGCCCACAACCCAGGUCAUAAAUCUGGUGGGAAUAACAGUCCAUCUGACAGUGAUUCUGGUAGUGGUGGCAAAAAAUCAGGAAUAGGAGGUGGUGGCAUAGCUGGAAUAAUCAUAUCCAUCUUUGUUGUUGGGGGGGUAUUAGCGUUCUUCUUUGUGAAGAAAAGAUCCAAGAGGUCAUCGGCAGAUAUAGAAAAGCUUGAUAAUCAGCCAUUUGCACCUCUUUCUUCAAAUGAAGUUCAAGAAGUAAAGUCAAUACAAACUCCCUCCACAGCCAAUGCAAAGACAUUUGAUAUCUCAGCCUCCAUUAAUAUUAGACCCCCACCUAUUGAUCGCCAUAAAUCAUUUGAUGAUGAUGAUUUUUCAAAGAAGCCUAUUGUUGUCAAGAAACCUGUUAAAGCUCCUACAAAUGUGACGUCAUACUCCAUAGCAGACCUGCAGAUAGCUACUGGCAGCUUCAGUAUUGACAAUCUUCUGGGCGAGGGUUCUUUUGGCCGUGUUUAUCGAGCUCAUUUUGAUGAUGGGAAGGUUCUUGCUGUGAAGAAAAUAGAUUCAUCCACCCUUACCAAUGACAUGACUGAUGAUUUUAUAGAGAUGGUUUCAAAAAUCUCCGAGUUACAUCACCCAAAUGUGACAGAGCUCGUGGGUUAUUGUUCAGAGCAUGGGCAGCACCUGCUAGUCUAUGAGUUCCAUAAAAAUGGGUCACUAAAUGACUUCCUGCAUCUUUCAGAUGAAUACAGCAAGCCUUUGAUAUGGAAUUCCCGUGUCAAGAUAGCUUUGGGGACUGCUCGUGCAUUAGAGUACAUGCAUGAAGUAUGUUCACCAUCUAUUAUUCAUAAAAAUAUCAAGUCAGCAAACAUCCUGCUGGACACUGAGCUCAAUCCUCACCUUUCAGACUCUGGCCUAGCCAGCUUUCUUCCAAAUGCAGAUCAGGCAUUGAACCAUGAAGCAGGAUCUGGAUAUGGCGCACCUGAGGUAGCCAUGUCUGGCCAAUAUACUCUCAAGAGUGAUGUUUACAGUUUUGGAGUUGUCAUGUUAGAGCUUCUUACCGGACGUAAACCAUUUGACAGCUCAAGGCCAAGAUCCGAGCAAUCUUUGGUUCGAUGGGCCACACCUCAGCUCCAUGACAUUGAUGCGCUAUCUAAAAUGGUUGAUCCAGCUCUCAAAGGGCUCUAUCCUGUCAAAUCUCUCUCCCGGUUUGCUGAUGUUAUUGCCCUGUGUGUCCAGCCGGAGCCAGAGUUUCGACCGCCUAUGUCAGAAGUGGUUCAGGCAUUAGUUCGUCUUGUUCAGCGUGCUAACAUGAGCAAGAGAACAAUUGGAAAUGAUCAGGGAACGCCUCGGCAAGCUGACAACCCUGAUGCACAUGACUACAUGUCUUAAAUGGAAGCAAUACCCAUGGUCGCUUGCUCUGAUGUUAAAUACAGGCUACAGUACAUCAAGCGGUCCUCUCAUUUUCUUAAAGUUUGUUGAACAUAGAUUUUUAGUUUAAUCUUCUUGGUUCAAACACAUGGUAGAGUUAGGAACUCGAUACAGCUUGUUAAAGAUUUCUAUGGUUGAGCUAAUUUUCUUCUUGUUGCA